ACGUCGUUUUUUGCUUUUUUUCAAAAUACAAAUUUUCAAAAACUUUCGCCCUUGCUCGCUGAGGCCACUUUGUUUCUUGUUUUAAAAUAAAAAAUUCACAUUUGGGUCCUCAAAAAUCCAAAACAUAAAAUCUCAUAUAAAUACGAUAUCAAUCGGCUAAAUUGUUAUUAUUUCCCUACAUCAGUUGGAAAAUUUUCAGUCAACCCCCCCCCCUCUCAAACCGCUAUAUAUUUUCGUUCCUAGAAAUGUUCCCAAAUCAUAUUUCUACCGCUGGUCUUGUACUGAUAGGUUAUGGUAUAAAAAAUGAAUUUUGUUGAGUAGAAUUGAAUAUUAUUUAUAAUAGGGUUAAUUUAUGGCAUUUCAAUGGCGGCACUAGUUUUUGAUCACUUUUCGAAGUUCGUGUGAAACGACAUUUGCCAUUGCCUGCUUUUAAACAUAUCAACUGAUCACGUAACACAACACUUCAUCGCCAUUCUUCAUUCAAGUCAUAAUAGGAGGACAUAGGUGGCCGGUGGGUACUACUUUGAUAGCAGUAUUAAGCAGUUUAAUAUUACUUCAUUUCUACUUUGAUUUAACAAUUUAUUUCACAGUAGAUUUUUUGUCUGUUUUUUUUCCUAACUAACUCAUUAAAUAUUUGCCUACUACCACCAUCAUCGCCGCCGCCACCACCACCACCACCACCCCCCCCAAAAUUUUACCGGGCAUUUGCCCGGUAAAGUAUUAGAGUGCACGCCACUGACUGAAACGAUCAACAUGUCAUCGUGCCAAUCUAGCUUUUCAACCUGUGCGCGCUCAGAAGAAUGCUGGUGUAGUACAGUUGAAUUUCAUGAAAUGGAGCGUACUUGGAAUAUAGAUGAUUUUAGUGUUCUGGAGCAGGAAGAUGAAACUAUUUCAUCUUCUUUAUUCUCAGCAGAUUCCAAUGAUAAUUUUAAAUGGUAUUUGGACUUUGAACCGGAAUGCGUCGGGUAUAGUGGAAAAAAUACUAUGUGUCUAUACUUAUGUCUGAGCAAGGAACAUAGUACUCGCAAAAGAGUAUUUGCAAAAUUUGGUUUUUCAAUUUUAAGUAACGAUGGUCAUUCAGAGAAUAAUUUUACCGUGGGUUUCAAGUAUCACGAAUUCAACAGCGAAUCGGAUGUUGAUGUUGAAGGAUGGGGAAAUUUUCUCAGUAAAGAUGACACUUUCAAGAAUAAAUUUUUAAAAAACGACACGUUAACGAUUACAUUUUACUUGACGUUUUUUGAAAUAAACGACAAAAGCAUGCCUGAAAUCUUUAGUCGGUGUAAUAUCGCUCAUUUCCAACAUCUUUCGAAAAAUUUAAAAUCAGCGUUUGAGAAUCGCGAUUUUACAGACUUUACGAUUUCAGUGGAAGGUAAAGAGUAUCCAGUUCAUAAGAUUAUUUUAGCUUCUUGCAGCGAUUACUUCGCCACGAUGUUCAAAACUGGUAUGAAAGAGAGUGCGGAAAAUCGUGUAGUAAUUACUGACGUAGAUGAGGCUGUUAUGGAUGAAGUAUUAAGGUUCAUUUACACGGGUAAAUGCGAAAAUAUCGAUUAUUUAGCUUACGAUUUAUUAGCAGCUGCAGACAAGUUUGACAUAGGUCAUCUGAAGAAGAUUUGCGAAGACUCGGUUUACAAGUCUUUAUCGGUAGAUAAUGCGUUGAAUGUUUUGAUAUUGGCUGAUCGGCAUAAUGCUAAUGAAUUGAAAUCAAAGACGAUUGACUUUAUCGUUGAUGAAUCUUCAGAAGUCAUGAAUUCGACAUCUUGGAACGAGAUCAUGUUGAAGCAUCCAAGAUUACUGAAUGAAGUGAAGGAGCGAGCUGGUUCUUCUUGAAUCAAGAAUACUUCCGGCUAGAAGUAACCGAUACCUUUACCUACUUAAGUUCAGUGUCUACUAGUAAGAAUGUUAGUUCUCAUUCAUUAGGAGACAAUGUCUAGUUCCUGAUUCGAUUACUUAAUUUUUUGUAGCUUAAAUGUAAACAGGUAUUAGUUUUAAUUUUUAUUACUUGCCUACUUCAUUUGUGUUAAUUUUUGUUUAGCUACAUGGAUACCUACCUAAUAUAUUGUAUCGUUACAUAUCUACUUAAAAUAGAAUAGGUACAUGGGAUAUUUUCAUUCAUUUAUCAUUUAAAAAUUUACUCUUUUAUUGCUUAAAUUUAAACGGGUACCUAUAUAUUAAUUUCAAUUUUUAUUACCUACUUGCAUCAUUUUUGUUCAUUUUUGUUUACAAU